AUGAACCACCCAUAUAGACAUCAAUCAGAUAAGUUUUUGAAAGGAGUAAUUGAAAGGCUCCCUCCUAUACCUCGUCCAUCUGGUUUGGAAAUGUUAAAUGAAGUGUCCAAGUAUACUGAGGGAUAUAUUGGAGGUUCAUCAUAUAAUGUUAAAAUUCCAGGAUUUGGUGUUAAACACAAUUGGGUGAAGAAGAGUAUUUUCUGGGAGCUUCCAUAUUGGCAUAUAAAUUUGAUUCGUCAUAAUCUUGAUGUCAUGCAUAUUGAGAAAAAUGUCUUUGACAAUAUUUUUUAUACAGUAAUGGAUUGUCCUUAUAGAAGCAAGGACAAUUUAAAGGCUAGGUUGGAUAUUCAAUUGUAUUGUCAUAAGCCAAAUUUACAUUUGCAACAAGAUAUGAGUGGUCGGGUUUACAAACCUAAAAGCACUUAUUGUCUACACAAGAAACAACAACAAGAAGUGUUGUCAUGGAUGAAGGAGUUAUCAUUUCCUGAUGGUUAUGCUUCAAGCAUUUCACGAUGUGUGAAAGAGGCACAAUGUAAGGUUUCGGGGAUGAAGAGCCAUGAUUGUCAUGUCUUCAUUCAAAGACUUCUUCCAACUGCUUUCCGACCUUACUUACCUAGACCAUUGUGGGAGGCAUUAACUGAACUAUCCGUAUUUUUUCGAGAUAUUUGUUCAACAAAUUUAAAUGCCCAGCACAUGGAGUUAAUGCAGAUGAAUAUAAUUGAAAUAAUUUGCAAACUUGAAAGGAUUUUUCCUCCAUCCUUCUUUGACUCCAUGGAACACUUGAUGAUACAUCUACCUUACGAGGCAAAAGUUGGUGGACCAGUUCAAUAUCGAUGGAUGUAUCCAUUUGAACGGUAUAUGUUUUAUUUGAAGAAGAAAGUUACCAAUAAAGCUAAAGUUGAGGGUUCCAUAUGUGAGGCGUACUUGAUUGAUGAAAUUACCAAUUUUGCAUCUCAUUAUUUUGGUGAUGACGUGCAAACAAUUUGGAAUCGAGUUCCACAGAAUGAUGAUGGUGGCCUUACAAGUGUGGAAUACCAAUCUAAUGGAAUUCAAAAUCAGCUUUUUGGACUUGCUAUGGGCCCUUCAACUUCAGUGAAAUGCUAUAAUGGGUAUUAUGUGAAUGAUUUUAAAUUUCAUACUCAACGUUAUGGUCGUUUUAAAAAGACAAUGAAUAGUGGAGUUUGUGUGAAAGGAAGUUGCUAUGAUGAUAAUGAACGUGAUUAUUAUGGAAUGCUUAAAGAAGUUGUUCGGCUAAAAUACUUAGGGAGUAAGUGCAAGUUAUUCAUGUUUAAGUGUAAUUGGUAUGAUACAAGACGAGGAAUUAGAGUGCAUCCUUCGAAUGGUUUGGUUGAAAUCAAGCAUACAUCUCGACUACAAGGAAAUGAAGAUUUUGUGCUAGCACAACAAUGUCAACAAGUCUACUAUACAUAUCCACCUGGUAAUAAAUCAUCUGAAUGGUGGACGGUUAUUAAGACAAUUGCUAGAAGUCGUUAUAAUGUUGACAUGGGUGAAUUUAUUAAAGAUGCCAACAAUGUAACAUCAUUUGAUGUUGAUCAAUCAGAUGAGAUUUCUCAACCAUGUUAUGUCCUUCCUACUCAAACACUUGAUGAUCCAAAUAUACUUGUUGAAUCAUCUUAUUAUGAAGAAAUCGGGCAACAUGAAUUGCUUCAACUUGACAUAAAUUGGGGAAACAAAGAUGAUGAAGAAGAAGAUGAUGAUGGUGACGGUGAUGGUGACGAUGAUGGUGAUGGUGAUGAUGAUGGUGAUGGUGAUGGUGACGGUGACGGUGACGGUGAAGAAGAAGAUGAUGAUGAUGAGGAUGAGGAUGAUUGUUAUGGUGAUUUGCUUCAAACUCAAGGAGGUUUCCCUCGAGAUAACCAAUUUGUUUAUGGAGGACAUAAUUUGUAUAGGAGUUAUGAGAGAGUUAAUGGUGAUGAUGAUGAUGUGAACGUCAGAGAUGAAGACGAGGGAGACGAAAGUAAUGAGAGAGGUGUAUGUGAUGAGGAUCAAGAUGGUGUUCCAUCAUAUCAUGGUUCAACAUGUUCUCCACACAAUUAUGAUCAAAGUGUUAAAAGGAAGGGUUUUGACACGCCAAUAGAUCCAAUAACAAGAAAAAAAGAGCUUUGUUUGUAUGGAACAACAGAGUUCAAUAACGCAUCGUGUGGGCGUGCAAUCGGAGAUAUUUUGAGGUCCAAUUUUAAGGGAGCAUGGCACUCUUGGGAAAAAGUAGAUUCAAUGUGCAGGGAUGAACUGUUUAAAGAGUUUAAGAAAAAAUAUUCUUUUCCUGAGGAAGAUGAGUCGAUUGUUCGUAAUAUUUGGGAAGAUAAGGCAAGGAUAGCUUUGAAUCAACAAUUAACACGAGCUCGCAAGAAAGCCAUGUCAAAAGAAAACACUACAAAUAUUGUAGAUUGCCUUGAUAAAGGUCCUGCCUGGAUAAAUAAUGAUGACUGGAAUCAAAUGAUCAAAGAUGUUUGGUCCACCCCUGAAUUUCAAAGGAGGUCUGAAUCUGCUAGGAGGAAUCGAUUAACCAAAACAGAUGGCAAAAUAAGCACUCAUUCUGGAGGAACAGUGUCAUUUGCAUCAUAUCGAGCUAACAUGCAAGAGGAAGCUGGUGGAAAAGAACCUCCAUGGGAUGAUGUCUUUUCAGCUUUGCAUCAAAGUACUAAGCAGUCUGGUGGCUUCGUCGACAACAAGUCGAAAAAAGUGGUUGAAAAUUAUAAAAUGGAGAUGAUUUCAAAGUAUGGAAGUAAUCGGGAAAAUCAUCCUUCAUUUGAUGGAGCAGCUUGGUGUGUGGCUUCAGGAGGAGUUACAAAGGGUAGGGUAUAUGGUGCACCUCGUAUGCCAAAAUCUAUAGUUAGUCCAAGCUCUUCAUCACAUUCCUACUCAGUGGAGUCAUCAUAUCCCAGUUCAUCGUAUCGAGCAUUGCAAAAGGAGAUAAAGGAUAAAGAAGAGGAGAUAAAGAAAAAAGAUGAAUUUAUUCUUGAAAUGAAACGACAGAUGGAUUCCAUGAAAGAAUAUCUUGUGAACAAUCUUGGAUACAAUGAUGGGACAUCAAAUAUUGAUCAAGGUAUGCCACCAUCUUUGACUCCAGCAAUAUCGCCACCUAUGGCUCCUCAGAUAAUGACAUCUAUGGGACCCACAUCUCAACCAAUUUUUCGACCUACACCUCGACCUUUAUAUCCUGAUCAAUCUUGUAUCGAUCCACAAUAUCAUGGUUCGUCUUCGCAACCGGCACCAUGAUUGUAUCUUUUGUUGUUUUUUUUAUUGUAUUUGAACU